AUGAGGAAUCAAACCGCAGUAACCUUUAUCCUGCUGGGAUUCACAGAUGAUACUCGACUGAAAAUUUUGCUUUUUGUCUUUCUAUUUCUUUCCUACAUGUUGAGUGUUUCUGGAAACCUAACCAUUAUCACCCUCACUUCCAUUGAUUCCCACCUUAAAACACCGAUGUAUCUUUUCCUCCAAAAUUUCUCCUUCUUAGAAGUUUCAUUCACAACGGCUUGUAUUCCCAGAUUCUUGUAUAGCAUCUCUUCUGGGGACAAAUCCAUUACUUACAAUGCUUGUGUCAGCCAACUGUUGUUUAUAGACCUCUUUGGAGUAACAGAAUUUUUUCUUCUGGCUGUCAUGUCCUAUGACCGGUACGUGGCCAUCUGCAAGCCCCUGCACUAUGUGACCAUCAUGAACCGCAGGGUCUGCAGGAAUCUCAUCUUCUGCUGCUGGGCUGCUGCCCUGAUCAUCAUCCUCCCACCCAUUAGUUUGGGUUUGAGCCUGGAGUUCUGUGAUUCAAAAGUCAUUGAUCAUUUCUGCUGCGAUGCAUCACCGAUACUGAAGAUCUCUUGUUCAGACACGUGGUUGAUAGAACAGAUGGUCAUUGCAUGCGCCGUGCUGACCUUCAUCAUGACCCUCUUGUGUGUAGCUCUCUCCUACAUCUCUAUCAUCAGAACUAUUCUGAGGUUUCCCUCUGCCCAGCAAAGGAAAAAAGCCUUCUCUACAUGCUCUUCCCACAUGAUAGUUGUUUCCAUAACUUAUGGCAGCUGCAUCUUCAUUUAUGUCAAACCUUCAGCGAAGGAGGAAGUAGCUAUCAAUAAAGGGAUUUCACUCCUUGUUACUUCCAUUUCACCAAUGUUAAAUCCCUUUAUUUAUACGCUGAGAAACAAACAAGUGAAGCAAGCUUUUCAUGACUCAGUUAAAAAAAUCGCAUCCCUCUCAAAGAUGUAA